AUCACUAGCUACAGCGGUCCUUUUUACCCGAACGCGCUCCACCCAUAUACGGUACUCACUGAAGCGGGCUUCACCGUCGAUUUGGCCUCUGAGACCGGCCAUUACGGUAUGGACCCGCACUCCAUUUCCAAGGACUUUAUGAAUGACUCUGACUUUGCCACUUACAAUGACCCCAACAACGAGUUCUCAAAGAAACUCGCACACCUCUACAAGGCCUCUGAACUCAACCCUGAGGACUAUGGUUUAUUUUUCGCUUCUGCCGGCCACGCAACCCUGUUCGACUACCCGACGGCAAAGGCACUGAUUGGAAUUGCGGAGUCUGUUUGGGCUCGCGGCGGGGUUGUUAGCGCGGUCUGCCAUGGCCCGGCUAUUUUGCCUUCAAUUAAGGACCGGAAAACGGGAAAGUCGGUGACUGGGUUUACGGAUGAGGGCGAGGAGAUGAUGGAUCUAAUGGGCACGAUCAGGGAGUUCAAGCUUGUGCCAAUCAGCCAGAGCGCGAAGGACGCCGGAGCCACUUAUGUCAAGCCUAAAACCCCGUUCGAGGACUUCGCCGUCACCGAUGGCGCUUGCGCGCACUCCACGGCUGUCGAGGCCGUCAAGGCAUUCGCUGCUUUAUAAAUCAUGG